CUGACUGGCAAGCGCAGCCAAAUUCCGCACGCAAUCGUUCAGGAAUCCACGAUGAUCGCCGUCGCCGUCCUCGUGCCGUUUCUGUGGGCAGUGCUCGUGGCCGGACUGCUGUUUUUACUGUGUCGAUUUUGGCGCGAAAAGGUCAAGUUUGCCGAGUCGUUGCCACGUGCCGAGCCGUGCUAUCCGAUUGUGGGGAAUCUGCCGGUGGCGUUCGGGAAGAGUUCGGACGAGAUUUUCCUGGUGCUGCACGAGUGGUUCCGCCAGCAGGACCGGAUGUUCACGCUGAGGUGCGGCACGCUGGUGGCCGUCGGUGUGACCCAUCCGGAGCUGAUCCAGCGGGUGCUGACGCACCCGGACUGUCAGGAAAAGCCGGACGUGUACAAGGUGGUGCGGCUGCCGAGUGGACUGCUGGCGGCCAGGUAUCAAACCUGGAAGGUCCACCGGAAGACGCUCAACUCGACGUUCAACACGCGCAUUUUGGACAGCUUUAUGCCUAUAUUCAACAGUUGUGCUGGACGGUUGAUCGACCGAUUGGGUCAGCACGUGGACAGAAAGGACGCCACCGUGGCCUGCAACAUGCUGGAGUACAUUUCCGAGUGCACUCUGGAAAUGAUUAGCAGAACUUCGCUAGGCGGGAAGGCAUUGGAGCGCGAGGGGAAGCAGGAUUUCAUCGAAAACUUGGAAGUAGCUCUCACAACGCUCGGCAAGCGCAUCUUCAACAUUCUGCUCCACAACGAGCUCAUCUACCGCUUCACCGCGCUCUACCGCAACGAAAUGAAAGCCAUCGACACUUGUCACCGGUUCACCGAUAAGAUUAUCGCCGAAAAACGCCAGGAACUGGGCUGCCACCUGCAGCAGCCGCUGGAGACCGACGAAAACGGCAACCCCAAAGAAUCCACGCUGGAGACCAUCAUUUGCGAGGACGAACACUACAAGCGACCGCAGAUCUUUAUCGACCAGCUGAUGAAGGUGCCCCUGGUGAACGGCGGGGGUGGGCACAACUUUACCGACCAGGAAAUCUCCGACCACAUCUACACCAUGAUUGUGGCGGGAAAUGAAACGUCCGCGACUCAACUGUCCCACACUUGCCUCCUGCUGGCGAUGCAUCCGGAAGUUCAAGCCAAAGCGUACCACGAGGUUCAGGAGGUGCUAACUGCUGACCACACCCCAAUCGACCUGCACGACCUGAAGCAGCUCGUUUACGUGGAGGCAGUUCUGAAGGAGACCAUGCGACUGAUGCCGGUGGCUCCGAUCAUCGCGCGGGAAAACCUGCAGGACAUCCAGCUGGACGGCCACACCAUACCCAAGGGAACUCCGCUCCUCAUGAACUUUUACACGCUUCAUCGCCGCGAGGACAUCUGGGGAGCGCACUCGGACCGCUUCAACCCGGAACACUUUCUCCAAGAAGACGCCAAAUCCAGACAUCCGUACGCUCACCUGCCCUUUAGCGGUGGUCCACGUGGCUGCAUCGGAUAUCGGUACGCGAUGAUGAGUCUUAAGAUGCUGCUGGCGAUGAUUUUGAAGCACUUUGAACUCGCCACCGACAUCCGGUACGAGGACAUCAAGUAUCACUACCAAAUUUCGCUGAACCUUGCCUUUCCGCACGCGAUUCGACUGAAAAGGCGAACUUAAUCUCUAGAAAGCACUUAAAUUUAAAUACCAAAUAAAAAACGCCCAGUAUUGCAAUGCCCUCUCCAUUUAUUCGAUUACUUAUCGCUACUAAUUCUCCAAGUACACUUCACUUCGAACAAGGAUAAGAUUAUCGCCUUUUGCUGUCCUUGCUGCGACCCUCCACCAGAUGGCGCGUGCUCACGCACCGGGCCAGGAAGUAAGCGCGCUCGCAGUUGGUGCCGGCUGGAAG